AUGGACUCUCCAAGACCCCUGAAGGUGUCCUGUGAUCUCAAUCCGAUUGAGCGUCUGUGGGAUGUGCUGGACCGGCAAGUCCGAUCCACGACGGGUCCACCUUGCAACUUACAGGACCUGAAGGAUCUGCUGGACAUGGCAUAUCCAGCCGAACAGAGAAUCUCAACACUAAACGUCCCAGAGAAAGAGCUGGAAGCACAUCACCUCAGGACACCUCAUCAGGCCAAGGGUUACACAGAUAAACCAGCUGAGGAGACAGUGCCAGGGGACGAUUCCCAGGUGCCAGAGCUGACUGGUCUCUUCGUAGAGAGGCCUCAGAGCGUCACGGUAACCAAAGGAAAAGAUGUCACGUUUGUGGCGAAGGUGGACUCCUCUAACCUGAUUAGGAAGCCAAAUAUGAAAUGGUUAAAGGGGAAAUGGCUAGACCUGGGCAGCAAAGCUGGGAAACACCUGCAAUUCAAAGAGACUUAUGACAGGAACACCAAGGUAUACACCUAUGAGAUGAGCAUUAAAAAGGUGGUAGAUGGAGAUGCUGGAGGCUAUCGCUGUGAGGUCACCUCUAAAGACAAGUGUGACAGCUGUACAUUUGAGGUCACUGUUGAAGCUGUCCAAGAGGAACAGCCAGCCAACAUUCUGGAAGCAUUCAAACGCUCUGGAGAUGCUGGAGAGGACGCUGGUGACCUGGACUUUAGCGGCCUGCUUAAGAAAAGGGAGGUUAAGAAGGAGGAACCGAAGGAGGAGGUGGAUGUGUGGGAGAUCCUGAAGAAUGCUAAGCCAUGUGACUAUGAGAAGAUUGCUUUUGAGUACGGCAUCACAGACCUGAGGGGGAUGCUCAAGAGACUGAAGAAGAUGAAGAAAGUUGAGCCGAAGAAGAGCGAUGCCUUCCUGCGGAAACUGGAACCUGCGUAUUCAGUGGAGAAAGGGAAAAGGAUCCAGCUGUCGGUGGAAUUGACAGAUCCAAACGCUCAGGUCAAAUGGCUGAAGAACGGGCAGGAGAUCAAGCCCUCAGCCAAAUACGUGUUUGAGAGUAUUGGGGGUAUCCGCAAACUCACCAUCAACAAAUGCAAUCUCUCAGACGACGCAGCCUAUGAGUGUGUGGUUGGAGAAGAGAAGAGCUUCACUGAGGUCUUUGUUCAGGAGCCGCCUGUCACUAUCACUAAACUGCUGGAUGAUGUCCACGUGGUCGUUGGGGAGAGGGUAGAGUUUGAGGUGGAAGUUUCUGAGGAAGGAGCCAAUGUCAAAUGGAUGAAGGAUGGGGUGGAGCUGAGUCGAGAUGGAAAGUACCGCUUUAAGAAGGAUGGAAAGAAGCACUGGCUCAUCAUCAAUGAGGCAACUAAGGAGGACAUCGGAAUGUACCAAGUCUUCACCAAUGGGGGGGAGUCUAAGGCAGAGUUGGAAGUGGAAGAUAAGGAACUUGAGGUUCUGCAGAGCAUCGCUGAUUUGACUGUGAAGGCUGCUGAACAGGCUGUCUUUAAAUGUGAGGUGUCUGAUGACAAGGUGACUGGCAAGUGGUUUAAGAAUGGCGUGGAGGUUGUCGCCAGCAAUCGUAUCAAAAUGACCCACGUUGGCAGGAUCCACAAACUCACGAUUGAUGAUGUUAAGCCAGAGGAUGCAGGAGACUACACUUUUGUCCCGGAUGGAUACGCUCUCUCUUUGUCAGCAAAACUCAACUUCCUGGAGAUCAAGAUCGAUUAUGUCCCUCGUCAGGACCCUCCCAAGAUCCACCUGGACACCACCGGAAGCAUGGUCAACAAAAACACCAUUAUAGUGGUGGCUGGGAACAAGCUGCGACUGGACGUGGAGAUCACAGGAGAACCAGCUCCCACUGUCCUCUGGAAGAAAGGAGACACAGAAAUAACCAACAGCGAGGGACGGGUCAGGGUGGAGCUGAGGAAGACUCUGUGUAGCUUCGUCAUCGAGGGCGCAGAGCGAUCGGACGAGGGACUCUACAACAUCACUGUCACUAACCCAGCCGGGGAAGACAAAGCAGAGAUUAUGGUUAAGAUUGUGGAUGUUCCUGAUCCACCUGAGAAUGUGAAGUGCACUGGUGUCGGAGAGGACACCGCUACUAUCACAUGGGAUCCUCCCAAAUUUGAUGGAGGUGCUCCAGUGAAAGGGUAUCUGAUGGAGAGGAAGAAGAAAGGCUCAUCCAGGUGGACAAAGCUGAACUUUGACAUCUUCGAGUCCACCACCUACGAGGCCAAGAAGAUGAUAGAGGGGGUGCUGUACGAGAUGAGGGUGUUUGCCGUGAACGGGAUUGGCAUCUCCCAGCCCAGUGUCAGCUCCAAACCUUUCAUGCCCAUCGCCCCCACGAGUGAGCCCACACGUCUCACAGUGGAGGACGUCACAGACAGCACGUGUGCACUGAAGUGGCGCCCCCCCGAGAGGAUAGGGGCCGGUGGCAUUGACGGAUAUAUCAUUGAGUACUGUCUGGAGGGAGGAAAUGAGUGGGUGCAGGCCAAUCAGGAACCCAUAGAAAACAACAGCUACCGGGUGAGAGGUCUACCGGUGGGGGAGAAGAUGGUGUUCAGGGUGACGGCCGUGAAUAUUGCAGGUCGCAGCCCCCCGGCUGUCCUUCAGCAAGCUGUGACAAUCCGAGAGAUUAUGGAGCGCCCUAAGAUCCGUCUGCCGCGCCAGCUGAGAACCAAGUUUAUAAAGAUGGUCGGAGAGAAGGUCAACCUUGUCAUCCCAUUCCAGGGGAAGCCACGCCCUGUUGUGAACUGGUAUAAGGAUGACAAACCUCUGGACCCUGGGCUGGUCAACAUUCGCACUAGUGAGGUUGACACCAUCCUAUUCAUUCGCCAGGCAGAGAGACAGCACUCCGGCCAUUACACACUGAUUGUGCAGAUUGAGAACAUGGAGGAUAAAGCUACCAUCGAAAUCCAGAUUGUCGAGAAGCCUGGUCCACCUGUAAAUGUCCUGGUCACUGAUGUGUGGGGGUUCAAUGCUGCCCUGGAGUGGAAACCACCCAAAGACAACGGCAAUACUGAGAUCAGUGGCUACACCAUCCAGAAGGCUGAUCUAAAGACCAAGGAGUGGUUUACAGUCUAUGAACACAACCGUAGGCCAAGCUGUACGGUGUCAGACCUGGUGAUGGGGAACGAGUAUACCUUCCGUGUGUUUAGUGAAAACAUCUGUGGCCUGAGUGAUGAGGCUGGUCUCAGCAAGAACACGGCGGUCAUUGACAAAACAGGUCUGAAGUAUGACCCCAAGCCCUUUAAGGAGAAAGACAUGUGUCAUUCUCCUAAGUUUACUACACCUCUUGUGGACAGGUGUGUUAUCGCUGGCUACCCUGCAGCCAUCAGCUGUUCUGUCCGUGGUUACCCCAAGCCCAAGAUUAUUUGGAUGAAGAAUAAGAUGAUCAUUGGGGAAGACCCAAAGUUUCUCAUGCAGAAUAAUCAAGGUGUUUUGACUCUGAACAUCCGUAAGCCUAGUUUGUUUGAUGGGGGGAAAUACACCUGCAAGGCCAUCAAUGAGCUAGGAGAGGAUGAGGUGGAAUGCAAGCUGGAGGUCCGAGUCCUAACAGAUAAAGAGGAAGUCAAGAAAUGA